AUGGCCACUGCCAACGGGCGAGAUGGCAGGGAUGCGCGGGAUCAAGCCGCCGAGGAGACCACGGCCCUUCUGAACCCCCGCGACGGCGAAGAGCAAGAUGCUGUCAACAGUGACGGGGACAUGAACGGUGCAGACGACUACACGUGGGAUGGAUACAAGGAUUAUGAGGGUCUUUCUCGGUGGCGCACGCCAUCAGUCUUCUGGCUUCUGGGGCCAUUCAUCGUCUUCACGCUGGCCUUUGGAGGUGUCAUGGUGCCCAAGCUCAAUCUGAUCGUCACCCUGGUCUGCAAGCAGUACCUUUCCGACAGACACAGCGCGGACCCAAGCCAGCCGUUUGUGCCGGUGUUCGUGGGCGGGGACAACCCGCAGUGCAACAUCCCCGAGGUGCAGAGCCGGGUGUCGACCUUCAACCUGGUGGCCGCCUUCACGUCGGGCCUGCUGAGCUCGCUGGUGGUGCCGCGGCUGGGCCGGCUAUCGGACCGGUACGGGCGCACCAAGCUGAUGGCGUUCGCCUCUGUGGGCGGCGUGCUGAGCGAGAUCCUGACGGUGGUGGUGGCCAACUUCCCCGACGCCCUCGACUACCGAUGGCUGCUCCUGGGCAGCUUCUUUGACGGCGCGACGGGCUCCUUCAUCGGCGGCAGCCUGCUGACGCAGUCGUACACGACCGACUGCACCCCGCCGUCGAAGCGCGCCGUCUACAUCGGCUACACGCACGCGUGCCUGGCGACAGGCCUGGCCCUUGGCCCCCUGCUGGCGGCCUACUUCAUCAAGUGGACAGGCAGCCUGCUGUCCAUCUUCUACGUCGUCGUGGCAUGCCACCUGCUGUACAUCCUGACCCUGGCCUUUGUCGUGCCCGAGUCGCUGGUGGCCAAGAAGCGCGAGGCCGCGCGGAGGCGCCACGCCAAGGACCAGCGCGACAAGGACCGGCAUAUGGGCACCUGGCUCGCGCGCGUCCAAAAGGUCAACCCGCUCGAGCCCCUGGCCAUACUGUGGCCCACGGGCCCGGGGACCAGCUCCCGCCUGCGCAUCAACCUCGUCAGCCUCACCGUCGUCGACACCAUCCUCGUCGGCGUCGGCAUCGCCUCGGGACCCAUCAUCAUCCUCUACAGCGAGUACAUGUUCGACUGGGGCAACCUCGAGAGCUCCCAGUUCGUCUCCACCUUCGCCUUCCUCCGCGCCUUCAUCCUGCUCGGCCUCUUCCCUCUCAUCAACCACCUGGCCAGGACGCUGCCUGCCAAGCGCCGCGCCGCGGCCGCCGACGUCCCCGUCGCCAGCCUCCUCAGGGAGAAGAACUCGGGCGCCGACCCCGUCGACAUCUGGGUCCUCCGCUUCGCCCUGUCCACCGAGGUCAUCGGCGCCGUCGGCUUCAUGCUCGCCCGCACCGGGCGCGCCUUCUUCAUCAGCGGCCUCAUCACCGCCCUCAGCGGCCUGGGCAGCGCCACCAUCCAGGCCACCGUCACCAAGCAUGUACCCCAGCGCCUCGUCGGCCAGGUCCUCGGCGCCAUCGGUAUGCUGCACGCUCUCACCAGGGUCAUCGGCCCUGUCAUAUUCAAUGGCAUCUACGCUGCUACCGUCGGCAUCCUGCCUCAGGCAUUCUUCUUCAUUCUCGUUGGCAUCUUCCUCGUCGCCUUCCUCAUCACCUUGACUCUUAGACCUGGAGAUCGUGCAGUUGUCUGGGAACAGACCGGUGAUGAAGAUGAGACGGAACCGCUCAACCCGAGCGAAGAUGCUCGCACAGACAGACUUCGCAAUGCUGUGGCUAUUGAUGAGGACCAGGGCAUGAUCAUCUAA